UAUAGUUACCAUUAUUGAAUUAAAUGAAAAUGAAGAAAACCCGGUAACUCGAGAUAUUGUGGAGAACUGGUCAGUAGAAGAACAAGCAAUGGAAGUGGAUUUGAGGAUUCUUCAACAGGUAGAAGAUCUGGAAAGGAGAGUCGCAUCAGCAAGUUUGCAAGUAAAGGGUUGGAUGUGUCCAGAACCGGCAUCAGAAAGGGAGGACUUGGUCUAUUUUGAACAUAAGUCAUUUUCUAACUUGUGCAAGGAGCACGAUGGAGAAUUUACUGACGAAGAAGAAAGCAGUGCGCGUGCACUAGAGCGGAAGAGCGACAACCCCCUAGAUAUAGCUGUAAGCAGGCUGUCUGAGUUGGAGCGAAACAUUGAAAGGAGGUAUCUGAAGAGCCCCUUAAGUACCACCGUUCAGAUCAAACUGGAUAAUGUGGGCACAGUUACUGGCCCUGCUCCUGCACCAUCCACUAGUGGUGAUGAUGACGGAAUUGAAGAGGAUAUUGUUCCCGGUCUCAGGGUGUGGCGAUGGGCAUUAUCAGAAGCUCGCAGUGCUGCCCAGGUGGCUCUGUGCAUUCAGCAGUUACAGAAAUCCAUAGCAUGGGAAAAAUCCAUUAUGAAAGCUGCAAGUUCACUGAAAAGGGGCCGCAAAAACAGAAAAAGGAAAAUAGAGGAAAACACCUGCGGUACUGGAGUAAAACAAGAACGCUGUACUCGUGGAAAGAAACUGAAACAGGACAACUCUGACCCGACUCUUGGCAGCCUUACUAAAAUGCAAACUCGUCUCAAUAAAGACAUGAAAAAAAGAAAAAUAGAAGAAAACACCUUCACUAACUUACCAAACCAGGAAAGCUUUAAUUCUGUAAAGAAAAGGAAGCAAGACCACUCUGACCUGACUCUUUCCAGUACCCUUACUGAAAUGGACAGUCAUGAAGAUGCACGGCCUUUUGUAGAACUGCCGGAGUGCAGCACACGGAGUCGUCUGCGUUUCCGCCUCAGGGAUGGAAGACACGUUUUUAUUAAAAGUGCGUAAGCAGCUUUAUAAUAACAUGUCUGAUAUCUGGGGGUCUCGUCAACAAGAAAUAAAGUGGUUAAACACACACACAGAGCAGUCUUUCAAGAAUGAUCAUUUUCUUUUAAACAAAUACAAUAUCCCUGAAAAAAGGAAAGCUUGGUGUGCAUAUUGGCUACUUUGGGCUGGUGUUUUCAUCACUGGUGGUACAUACUCAGCAGGAGCAGCUGGGCAGGAAGUAGUGGGCAUGGUAUGAAAAUGGCAGUUGGUCCAGUACUAAUUGUCACUGUACGUGUGGGUAUCAUUUGUUCUGUGACUGACUUGCACUCGAGGUGCCCUAGGGUGAGUGUAUCCUCAAGCCCCUGGCACGGUUCUCCUCAAAUAACCAAAGUCCUCCUAAGCCUCUGCUGCCACCCAACUACAGGUAUCCACAGCAUACUUUCAUUCGGAUGCACGAGGCCUUCGCCGUAACCGUCAUCAUUUCUGUCCUGGUUGCUCUGUAGAUUAUAGAUCC